AUGUUUAAGUACUAAAAAAGGAACACCCAAAUGUUUAAAAAUAGUUUAUAGGGAUUGUUGAGUGGAUUAGAUGUAUUUGGACAACCUCCCGUAUUGAGAAUUUUAAAAAAAAGUAAAUUCACCACUUCAACAGGGUUCUUUUGUACAUCAGUAAUCACUACCAUCUGCAUACUAUAUUUAAUUUAUUAAAUCAUAUAAUUAUACGAUCGAAAAAACCCUUUAGUUGUGUUUUCAGAGUAUUAAAUGACUGAUACUGCUCCUCUUCCUUUGUUAAUGAAUAACUUUACGAUGGCAAUUUCAGUAGCCAAUUUAAGUCUCAAUACUCUUACAACAUUAAAUACACAUUUUACUAUUACAGUGAAAAACUGUAUCAGAGUAAGACUAAUUGAUGAAUAAACAGGAAAAACUAGAAUUCAGCAGAAUUGUACUGAAUACCCAACAGAAGCAUGCGAUGAUAAACACUUUGUUACGAAUGUUCAAAAAGAUUAUUUUUAAUCAAUCAAUUUAGGAUAUACAUAAUGUUUGAAUUCAGACUAAUGGAAUAAUUCACCUCCUAAUUUAUAAGGUCAAAUAGCUGGCAAAACAUAUCAAUAUAUUUCAAUCAUGGUGUAACAAUGCAAGAAUUCUACCUCAUAUAAUCAAUGUGCCCCUAUAGAAAGUAUUUAAGAGGAGUUGAAAACUGGCUAUUACGUUGUUCAUUUGUCAGAUAAUCUUGUCUAAAUGAAAUAACCAGGUAAUCCAUUUUAAGAAUACAUUUCCCUCUAAUAUACAACCAUGUCUAUCGCAAAUUCUAAAACCAUAAUCCAGAAUUUAAAAGUGACUAAUGUCAUCACUGAUAAAGGCCUAAUUACAGAAGACAAGUCCGAAUCCUCAAGUUUAAUUCAGUAUACUAAUCGUGAGUCAUAAGAAGAAUACAAUGAUGAAUUUUUAGUUCUCCACUAUAUAACACUCGAUCAAAGACAAGGUGAAUAUUCUAGAUCUUAUGCUAAAGUUCAAGCUAUCUUAAGUACAAUAGGAGGGCUCUAUCAAGUUUUAUUUUUAACCAUUUACUCUAUUUUGAGCCCUCUUAUUUAAAAAUUUGUGAAUCUAUAAAUGGCUAAUAAAUUAUUUAGAUUUGAGAAUUCAAAUUAUUCUUUUGAUGAUGAUUAAAUUGCUUAAGACAAUUUCAUAAUUUAGUCACCCAAAUAAUAAUCCUCUUAACGAGUUUUAGACUUUGAUAUCAAAAAGUCCUCUUUUUCUAAAUCUUUAGGCAGAUCUCUCAAGUCGAAGAACUUCGAAAAAAUUUAGGAUUCUAAAUCUAUGAGUGAAUAUUUGAAGUCCAAGAAAUAGUCUUUAAAUUUAACUUUAAGAGAUAUAAUUAUUAUGAGUUUAGGAUGCAAGAAAAAAGAAAAAAGGCAAAUCUAAUAUGCAACUGAUAAGUUUAUGUCUAAAUUAGAUGUAGCAUAUAUCAUAUCAAAAAUUUAUGAGAUUGAUAAAUUAAAAUUGGUAUUACUGAAUGAAGACCAACUCUAAUUAUUUAAUUAUUUACCAAAACCUGUAAUUCCUUCUGCAUUAUUUGGAGAUGAUGCAGAAAGUAAAAUUAAAGAAAUUGAAGCAAAAAAGGCAUACUAAUUUAUAUUGCAAGAUGAAAAAUCAGAUCUUUUAAAGUUGUAAGAGGCCUUUGUAUCGUUUGCAAAAUUGAAAAAGAAAAAAGAAUUAACUUAAAUAGACAAGAAUAUAAUCGAAAUCUUAGACGAAGACAUUAUUGAAUUAUUCUAUACUUUGAAUAAAGAUCAAUCAAAAUUAGAUUAAAUUUUUAAUUAGAAACUUAGUUUAAAUCUUCAGGUUUCAGAACCUGAUUUUAAAAAAUCCCAUUCAAUAGCUGAUGUUGACUACUCGGAUGAUUAACCAAAUUCUAUUCCAUAUUUGAGAUCCAGAUCUUGA